AUGUGCUGUGCGAACAUAGCCAGCAGUCGAUCACAAGCAUCGUCAUCGUUGCCUUCUGCGUCCUCGUCGUCAGACUAUGUGACUUCUCCUGUGUUUAACAGAGUUUUGUUUGCUAGUUAUACACCAAGCCAAGAAAUAGAAAUCCCAAAGUCAUCAUCUAGCAUAAAAACAGCAGUCGUGGAUACCCACGGUGAUUUAAUAGAGCCACCAGCGUCCGUGCCAAAGUGCCCCAAUACCACUCCGCCCUAUCAGAGGCUCACCAAGGCUCUGCAAUGCGAUCCAAGAUGCGGACACGAGGUAACUGUUGGCCGACGCAUUGGUCUCUACAGAUUUUGUGGCGAUAUCGGACGUGGCAACUUUUCCAAAGUCAAACUAGCUGUACAUCAGCUGACACGAGGUAAGUCAAUGCAUAUAUGUCUGUAUGUGCGGCUUAUGUUAAAUAAGUUAUCGCCAUCUCAGCCUACGUCUCAUGUGGCUAGCAAUGGUGGCUUUUAG